CCCUCAGCAAGGAAGGAGUGUGUAGGCUCCAGAAUCAGUGCUGGUAUGAGAAAGAAGCCUGAGCCCAGCCAGUAGGUGGUAGGUUUCUCCUCCUGGUGUCAUUGGUGUCAUUGCUGCAGCCUCUGGAGCCUGGUCCCCAGUUUUCCUCAGUUGCUUCUCCCCAGCGCUAAAUCGCCUGCAAGACAGCAAAGCUGCUGCAGAAGUUGCCGGGCAUAAGACUCUGGAGGCAUUGGCUCAAUAACUUUUCACGUCAUUUUCUGCUCGGAAGCCCCCUUCUCGCCUCUCCGCGCAGCCUUUCCCACGGCAAAUCACCAGUGCUCAUGGGGCAAGGAAAGAGGAGCUUGCAGCACUGAGCAGAACCGGACUAAAGCCCGUGAUGUCCGGCACCAAAUUGGAGGACUUCCUCCCUAGUCGCAACUGGUCAUCUGCUUUGGAGCUGAAUGAAACUCAAGAGCCCUUUUUAACCCCCACGGAGUAUGACGACGAGGAAUUCCUUCGGUACCUGUGGAGGGUAUACCUACACCCGAAAGAAUAUGAGUGGGUCCUGAUCGCUGGGUACAUCAUCGUGUUCGUGGUGGCUCUUAUUGGGAACGUCCUGGUUUGUGUAGCAGUUUGGAAGAACCAUCAUAUGAGAACUGUAACCAACUACUUCAUAGUCAACCUUUCUCUGGCUGAUGUGCUUGUAACCAUCACCUGCCUUCCAGCAACCUUGGUUGUGGAUAUCACUGAGACUUGGUUCUUUGGAGAGGCCCUCUGCAAAGUGGUCCCUUAUUUACAGACAGUGUCAGUAUCUGUAUCUGUCCUCACACUGAGCUGCAUUGCCUUGGAUAGAUGGUAUGCAAUAUGUCACCCUCUGAUGUUUAAGAGCACAGCCAAACGGGCCCGCAAGAGCAUUGUCAUCAUUUGGAUUGUCUCCUGCAUUAUAAUGAUUCCUCAAGCCAUUGUUAUGGAGCGCAAAGCUAUGGUUCCUGACAUAGUCAAUAAAACAAUUCUCUUCACAGUUUGUGAGGAACAUUGGAGUGGUGAGAUUUACCCCAAGAUGUAUCACAUCUGUUUCUUUCUGGUCACGUAUAUUGCACCACUAUGUCUUAUGGUGUUGGCCUAUCUGCAAAUAUUUCGCAAAUUAUGGUGCCGACAGAUCCCUGGAACAUCAUCUGUAGUUCAGAGAAAAUGGAAGCCUCUACAGUCUGUUUCACAGCCUCGAGGGCCUGGACAGCAGACCAAGUCCAGGAUUAGUGCUGUGGCUGCUGAAAUAAAGCAGAUCCGAGCCAGACGGAAAACAGCCCGGAUGCUGAUGGUUGUGCUUUUGGUGUUUGCAAUUUGCUAUCUGCCAAUUAGCAUCCUGAAUGUGCUAAAGAGAGUAUUUGGUAUGUUUACUCACACCGAAGACAGACAGACUUUAUAUGCCUGGUUUACAUUUUCACAUUGGCUUGUGUAUGCCAAUAGUGCUGCGAACCCAAUUAUUUACAAUUUUCUCAGUGGAAAAUUUCGAGAGGAAUUUAAAGCUGCAUUUUCUUGCUGUUGCUUUGGAGUUCAUCAUCGUCAGGAAGAUCAUCUCACCAGGGGAAGGACAAGCACAGAAAGUAGGAAGUCUCUGACUACCCAGAUCAGCAACUUUGAUAAUAUUUCAAAACUCUCUGAGCAAGUUGUGCUCACCAGUAUAAGCACACUCCCUGCAGUCAAUGGAGCAGCACCCCUUCAAAACUGGUAGAAUAUUUAUUCAAUUGACAAGACUACCUGAUUAAACUAUUCUUUUUUUUUAACUUAUGUACACUGAAAUUUUAUCACGCUAAUGAUCUAUAGCUAAGAUUAUUUUAUGGGCCUACUUUUU